CGCACCACCAAAGCAACGCAUCCCCGCCCCGCUCCCCCUUCUCGUUUACCUCCCUCCCCCCGUCGCCGGCCGCGCCGCCCCCUUCAAAAUCGCCUCCCCGAAAAAUCCCCAACCCGACCCAUCCCAAACCCAAGCGCCGCCACCGCCAGCCAUGUCAUCCCGCUUCCCCCGAUUCGUCGGCGUGGGGGGCGGCGACCACCGCGGGGGCGACGCGGGCGACGCCGCCCUCGCCCGCGACAUCGUCACGCUCCACAAGGCGCUUUCCCUCGACCCCUCCACCAGCCGCCGCCGCUCCCUCCCGCUCCCCACCUCGUCCCCCGCCGCCACCGAGCAGCCGCGCCACAAGCCCGGCCUCAAGCCCUCCUUCUCCUCCUCCUCAUCGCGCAGGCUCCUGCCGUCCGCCGCCAGCUCCUCCGCCGCUUCUACCUCCUCCUCCUCCUCCUCCUCCUUCUGGAAGAAGUCACUGACCGCCAUCUCGCACCUGGGCCGGCGCCGCCUCGACUGCGCGUUCGCCCUGCACGUGCACUCCGUCGACGGCCUCCCCGCGGCGCUCGACGGGUCCGAGGUCACCGUGCAGUUCCGCCGGAUGUCCGUGUCCGCCUACACCCACCCCGUCGCGGCGGCGCUCGGCGCCGCCGCGUUCGAGGAGGCCCUCACGCUGCGCUCCCCGGUCUACUUCUCCCGCGGCGCCAAGGCUGCGGUCAAGUACGAGCCUCGGGCCUUCUCCGUCGCCGUCUCCACCUCCACGCUCGAGCUCGGCAAGCACGAGGUCGACCUCACGCGCCUGCUCCCGGUCUCCUUCGCCGACCUCGAGGACGGCGGCGACUCCGGGUUCGGGAAGUGGAGCACCAGCUUUCGGCUGUCCGGCCCCGCCCGCGGCGCGCGGCUCAACGUCACCUUCUCGUGCUCGCUCGUCGGGGGCGGCGGCGGCGGCGGCGAGCAGCAUAAGGCUGGGGGGGUUGCUGGCCUGCGGCGCGGGUCGAUGGCGCGGCCGGUGUCAGUGCAGCCGCCGACGCCAGUGCCAGCGCGGAGCAGGGAUGUGAGGGUACUGCACGAGGUGUUGCCGACCUUAAGGUCUGCGAGGGCACUGCCAUUUGCUGGUGAUGGGGGUCUUGAUGCGAGGAAGGAGGAGGUGGCAGCAUUGGACUCUGCGGAGGAUGGGUCUCCGGAGGCAAAACACUGCACAUCGGUAGAGGUUAAGAAGGAGGACUUGGUGCAUCCAGAGGGCCAUUGUGGUGCUGCGGAGUUCAAUGUUGUUGAGCAUGGAGUUGAGGUCGCCUCAGAUGAUACACAAAGGCCCGAACAUGCAGAAACAAGUAAUGCGGCUGAUCAGAAGGAGGAUUUGCGGUUCAAAAUCGAUGAUGAGGGAUCAUUUAAGCCUGCGCUAGUAAGUGAUAAUGUCACUGAAGAUCAGACUGUUGGAGUGAUACUGGAGGAGGCAGUCAGUGAUGUUGCUGUUCAAAGGGAGAACGUGGAAAACAAACAGAAUGGAAUAGUCAAAGCGGCUUCACUGCCUACUGCCGCUCUUGAAGCAGAGAAUCAGUUUGGAAGAGAUACGGAGCUGAAGGAUCUAGAGUGUAUAUUCAAUGCUCUCUCAAUUGCUGAACCAGAGGAAUUUGAGUCACCAAUUGUAGAAGAUAAGCGUUCUAGGCGAUUAAGCUGCAUGGGUGUGACUGAUAGUUACAGGUCCACCAGUAGGAAGGGCAGAUCGCGCAGCAUGGAUGCUUCAUCAGAUUCUGUUGCUAAUGAGUUCUUGGAUAUGCUUGGAAUAGAGCAUAGCCCAUUUGGGCAACCCUCAGAUAGUGAUUCCGAGUCACCAAGAGAGCGGCUUUGGAAGCAGUUUGAAAAGGAAGCUCUAGCAUCUGGGAAUGCUAUUCUUGGUUUGGACUUUGACGAUGGAAUGGAAGAACCGAUCUGUGAAGAUGCUGUGGAGGAUUUUGAUCUCUCCGCAAUGAUACAUGAGGCUGAGCUUGAGCUUCAGAAUGGAAGCCAACCAAUAGAUACCAGACUUCGAGCUAAGUCGCUGGAAGAUGAGGAAACUGAAGCCUUAAUGCGUCAAUUUGGGCUAAAUGAAAAGUCCUUCCAAUCUUCUCCACCUGAAAGUAGAAGUGGGUUUGGUAGCCCUAUUCACCUCCCGCCUGAGCAGCCCUCUGAGCUACCACCAUUGGCUGAAGGUUUAGGUUCAUUUAUUCAGACAAAAGAUGGAGGAUUUCUGCGAUCAAUGAAUCCAACCCUGUUCAAAAAUGCUAAGAACAACUGCAGCUUGGUCAUGCAGGCUUCUUCACCAAUUGUGCUGCCAGCAGAGAUGGGAUCUGGGAUUAUGGAUAUAUUGCAUGGUCUGGCAUCAGUUGGAAUUGAAAAAUUAUCAAUGCAAGCAAAUAAACUUAUGCCCUUAGAAGAUGUUAAUGGCAAAAUGAUGCAGCAGAUUGCCUGGGAGUCUGCUCCAUCUCUAGAAUCUGUUGAAAGAUAUGAUCUAUUGGAGAAUCAUAGCAUUGAUGCUUUGGUAGGAGGUGUAGGAAAUGCUGCCUCUGGCAAGAAGAAGAAAGGGAGGGUUGCUGAUAUGUCAUCAUCCUUGGGUGGGGAGAGUGCUUCAGAAUAUGUUUCACUUGAGGACCUUGCUCCUUUAGCUAUGGAAAAGAUUGAAGCUCUUUCCAUUGAGGGUUUGAGGAUACAAUCUGGCAUGUCAGAAGAGGAGGCACCCUCCAAUAUCAGUGCCAAGCCUAUUGGGGAAUUUUCAUCUCUGCAAGGAAAGUCUGCAGAGAAUACUUGGUCCCUUGGUUUAGAGGGAACCGCAGGCUUGCAGCUUCUGGAUGUUAAGCAAAGUGGAGAAGAAGUUGAUGGAUUAAUGGGCUUGUCUAUCACUCUAGAUGAGUGGAUGAGGCUUGACUCUGGGGUAGUGGAUGAAGAAGAACAGCACAGUGACAGGACAUCGAAGAUACUUGCUGCCCAUCAUGCUAAAUCGAUGGAGUUAGUUGCUGAAAAACGGAAUGGAGACAAAAAGAGCAAGAAAUCUGGUAGAAGAUGGGGCUUGUUAGGGAAUAACUUCACUGUUGCUCUCAUGGUUCAACUACGUGACCCACUACGUAACUACGAGCCGGUUGGCACACCUAUGCUUGCUUUAAUUCAAGUGGAAAGGGUUUUUGUCCCCCCAAAGCCCAAGAUCUACAAUACUGUUUCAGACAAAGGUAAUAGCGAGCAAUAUGAUGAGGAGCCCAAGACUGAAGAGGUUCCAGGUAAGGCAUUGGUCACGGAACAGAAGGUUGAGGAAUUAGAGGAUUCCAUUCCUCAGUUCAAGGUUACAGAAGUCCAUGUUGCUGGUUUCAAGAGUGAACCUGAAAAGACAAAACCAUGGGGCAAUCAAACGCAGCAGCAGUCUGGCUCAAGAUGGCUGAUUGCAGCUGGCAUGGGCAAGGGCAACAAGCACCCCCUGAUGAAAUCCAAAGCCAUCACAAAGCCGAGCCAAGAGGCAGCUGGUCGGCCAGGAGACACCCUCUGGAGCAUCUCGUCGCGCGUCCAUGGUGCAGGGACCAGAUGGGGCGAGCUAGCAGGAGCAAAAAAUCAUUCGCGGAACCCAAAUAUCCUCCUUCAGAAGGACAAGAGGUUUCGGUAAUAUUUUGGUGGGUAGUUAGCUUGGAAGACAUGUCUACCUCUACCUGGUACGAUCGGGGUAACUUAUUUUCUGGAAAUGUUCCUAGUGGAUUGUAAAAUCAUGUACAUUGAGUUCUCUUGCAUACUGAACCAUCUUGGAUCAGUUCUUUUUUUUUUAUGCUUCGCUAUAGGCUGUGUAAUGUUUCCUUCUGAAUUCCAUUGGGCUCAACUGUACAGAGAAACUGGUGUUUCUCUCUUCACAAUGAAAAGAGCGGCUUCUACCUGUGAAGGUGCAA